GCCACGCCUCCUCCCCUCGCACAUACACAAGAGUCACGCGCCUUUCAGCUGGAAACUUGGCGUGCUGAGGGGGACAGUGGCCCUCAUCGCCCCGCCCACUUACCGUGUCAUUGGUCCGUGGCGCCGUGCACGACCACGCCCCCAUUCCAGCCCCCUGGCUGGGAGGGCGGGCGCUCGCUCGUGAUUGGCUGGUCGGCCUGUCUCUCGUCGGAGGGGCUGGCGCUCCGCUCCCUCCUCCUCCCCCCUCCCGCGAGCCUCGGGGUUCCUCAGCUGGCCGGGGUCGAAUCAGUGUCAGUCAGGGAGGCGGACUGCUGAGCACUGGGUGCGGACGCUCGGUUGCAGUCUAGCCCCGGGGCUUGUGCCUGCGCUCGCGCCGCCGGGUGGGAAGGAUGAAGCCGCAGCUGGAGCAGCCACCCUAUGAUUGGCUGUGGCGCUUGUGAACCCGAAGUAAAGAUGGCGGGCGGGCAGGCAGCCGCCGCACUGCCCACUUGGAAGAUGGCGGCGCGCCGCAGCCUCAGCGCCCGCGGCCGGGGGGUCCUGCAGGCGGCUGCCGCGCGGCUGCUGCCGCUGCUACUGCUGAGCUGCUGCUGCGGCGCGGGCGGCUGCGCGGCGGCGGGCGAGAACGAGGAGACUGUGAUCAUCGGGCUGCGGCUGGAGGACACGAACGACGUGUCGUUCAUGGAAGGGGGGGCGCUGCGGGUGAGCGAGCGGACCCGGGUCAAGCUGCGGGUGUACGGGCAGAACAUCAACAACGAGACGUGGUCCCGCAUCGCCUUCACCGAGCAGGAGCGGCGGCCCCACAGCCCCGGCGAGCGCGGGCUGGGGGGCCCCGCGCCGCCGGAGCCGGACAGCGGCCCCCAGCGCUGCGGCAUCCGCACCUCAGACAUCAUCAUCUUGCCCCACAUCAUUCUCAACCGCCGCACUUCGGGCAUCAUCGAGAUCGAGAUCAAGCCGCUGCGCAAGAUGGAGAAGAGCAAGUCUUACUACCUGUGCACGUCGCUCUCCACGCCCGCCCUGGGCGCCGGCGGCCCGGGGUCUGCGGCUGGCGCCGUCGGGGGCAAGGGCGGCUCGGGGGUGGCCGGCCUCCCGCCGCCCCCGUGGGCCGAGACCACCUGGAUUUACCACGACGGCGAGGACACCAAGAUGAUCGUAGGCGAGGAGAAGAAAUUCCUGCUGCCCUUCUGGCUGCAGGUGAUCUUCAUUUCGCUACUGCUGUGUCUGUCGGGCAUGUUCAGCGGCCUCAACCUGGGGCUCAUGGCCCUGGACCCGAUGGAGCUGCGCAUCGUGCAGAACUGCGGCACCGAGAAGGAGAAGAAUUACGCCAAGCGCAUCGAGCCGGUGCGCAGGCAGGGCAACUACCUGCUGUGCUCGCUGCUGCUGGGCAACGUGCUGGUCAACACCACGCUCACCAUCCUGCUGGACGACAUCGCCGGCUCGGGCCUCGUGGCGGUUGUCGUCUCCACUAUAGGCAUCGUCAUCUUCGGGGAGAUCGUGCCCCAGGCUAUCUGCUCCCGGCACGGCCUGGCUGUUGGGGCCAACACCAUCUUCCUCACCAAGUUUUUCAUGAUGAUGACCUUCCCCGCUUCUUACCCGGUCAGCAAGUUGCUGGACUGCGUCCUGGGCCAGGAGAUAGGCACGGUCUACAACCGAGAAAAGCUGCUAGAGAUGCUCCGGGUCACCGACCCCUACAACGACCUCGUUAAGGAGGAGCUGAACAUCAUCCAAGGGGCGCUGGAACUCCGCACCAAGACAGUAGAGGACGUAAUGACCCCCCUCCGGGACUGCUUCAUGAUCACGGGCGAAGCCAUCCUGGAUUUCAACACCAUGUCGGAGAUCAUGGAGAGCGGCUACACUCGCAUUCCAGUAUUUGAAGGGGAGCGCUCCAACAUCGUGGACCUGCUCUUUGUCAAAGACUUGGCCUUCGUGGAUCCAGAUGACUGUACUCCCCUGAAAACCAUCACCAAAUUUUAUAACCACCCCUUGCACUUUGUUUUCAAUGACACCAAGUUGGACGCUAUGCUGGAAGAAUUUAAGAAAGGUAAAUCUCACCUGGCUAUUGUGCAGCGGGUAAACAAUGAGGGAGAAGGGGAUCCAUUUUAUGAAGUUCUGGGAAUCGUCACCUUAGAAGAUGUGAUUGAAGAAAUAAUCAAAUCUGAGAUUCUAGAUGAAACAGAUUUAUACACUGAUAACAGAACGAAAAAGAAAGUGGCCCACCGUGAAAGAAAGCAAGAUUUUUCUGCCUUUAAGCAGACAGACAGCGAGAUGAAGGUUAAAAUAUCACCACAGCUCCUCUUGGCCAUGCACCGUUUCCUAGCAACAGAAGUAGAAGCAUUUAGCCCAUCCCAGAUGUCAGAGAAGAUCCUUCUCAGGCUGCUAAAGCACCCCAAUGUCAUCCAAGAACUGAAGUAUGAUGAGAAGAACAAGAAAGCACCAGAGUACUACCUCUACCAGCGCAACAAACCUGUAGACUACUUCGUUCUCAUUUUGCAGGGGAAGGUGGAAGUAGAAGCUGGGAAAGAAGGUAUGAAGUUUGAAGCUAGUGCCUUCUCGUACUAUGGCGUCAUGGCCCUGACGGCCUCUCCAGACAGCUGGAGCCACAGCCCCCGCCUGCGUACAUGUGGUGAAGAUGACUUUGGUCUGCCGUUCUCGGGAAACCCAUUUCCCUUGUCCCUGUCUCGUACCUUUGUUGUCAGCAGAACAGAGUUGUUAGCAGCAGGUUCUCCAGGUGAAAAUAAGUCACCUCCUCGCCCAUGUGGCUUGAACCACUCAGACUCUCUCAGUCGAAGUGACCGGAUUGACGCAGUGACACCGACACUGGGGAGCAGCAACAACCAGCUCAAUUCUUCGUUCCUUCAAGUCUACAUCCCCGACUACUCAGUGCGAGCCCUUUCGGAUCUUCAGUUUGUUAAGAUCUCAAGACAGCAAUACCAAAAUGCCUUGAUGGCAUCCCGGAUGGACAAAACCCCUCAGUCUUCAGACAGUGAAAACACUAAAAUCGAAUUGACUCUUACGGAGCUGCAUGACGGGUUGCCGGACGAGACGGCCAACCUGCUCAACGAACAAAACUGUGUGACGCACAGUAAGGCCAACCACAGCCUGCACAGUGAAGGCGCCAUCUAGGGGCGCCACGCCGCCCGCCCCUUCACCCCUGAGGCCCCUGGGCCCCGUCCGACCGUGACUUCCAUCGGUGUGAGCUCGUACGCCAUGCUGCACCCUGCAACGUCCUGAGACCAAAGACUUUGUCCCCUUCCCGGGCACCUCAGAGGAGGACGGUGAGGGGAGGAAUGGAAAGCAGAGAUGUGAAGCUGACAGCUGGGGCAUGGCGUCCAAGAUUUUGGAGAUGAAUUUCUUCCGCCCAAAUAGAAUCAUGUUUAUUUUUUCAGCGGUACCUUUUAUCAUUAUUCACUCUCCUCCUCCCUCGGUUUGCAUGAAGUUGAAAAUUGUUGCGAUUUAUUUUUUCAAGAGAUCAUGUUUUUUAAAAGUGUCUUUUGCAGAGUUUUAGGUGGUUCUGUCUGAACUCUGCUGUGAUCCCAUGAUGUGACCCUAAUAGGAGGGACUUGCUCCUUGAAUGGCCUUCCUUGGCCCUCUGGGGAGGGGCACCCUUCCUCUGUGCCCCCGUGGGUGUCACUGUCGAACCUGAUGGAUGAAUGAAGAAAACCAUGUUACUGCAGAACCUGCCAAGUCUGUCGUCACUGUGGGGUGUGGCCUGCAGAGGGACCUGCGGGUCGGUCCACCUCUCUGAGCACUCCCUGUUGUUUUGAGAAUUUAAUGUUUAACUGUGCCCCUUGCCCUCAGGAAGGUUUAACAUUUGCUUGGGAAUGUGAGUUUGCUCCCACCCUAAGGAAUUUCUAUCACCAGAAUGAAUGUUAAUGAAUUUUAAGCUCAUGGUUUAUCAUUGGCAAAAGGCACCUCGACUUCAUCCGGCAUCCCCCACCCAGCGCCCAAGCGUACAGAGCGUGUCACCCACCUCCCUGCUCUUGUAAACCCGAGAUGCUGCUACACAGAUGCCAAAUGGAAAUCUUCCACAGGGCUUUUCAGUAAACAUGUGAUGUGGAGUUCAGGCUCCUCCUUCCCACUGGGACAGAUGUCAUUAUCAGAGAAGGGGUCGGAGCUGCCAGCUGUCCUCUGUCCUGAGAAGGCAUUUCUAGACCUGUGUUUUUAAAGGAGGGAACUUUGGGGAUUGCCAGCCCCUGCCGCUCCUUCCAGGGAGCCAACAGUCCCUCUUCCCCUCUGUGUCCCCUGCCCGAGGGCCUCCGUGCCUCUCGCCUCAGAUGCGGCCCAUGCCAGAGAGGCUGCCUGUACAGCCAGGGUCAGUUUGGCCCCAAACAGGGAUUCAGAAACCAAAUGUGUGUUGUGGCCAUUUUGUGUGUGUCUUUGUCUUAUUUUAAUACCAAAUUCAUCAUGUGUAGUGAAAUUAAUGUCAGGAGGUAUUUGAGUGACCGAAUUCUUAAUGAGCGUAUCUGUGUUUUGUUAGCCCGAGGGAUAUGUGCAUUUUGUUGGCGGUGUUCAUACACUGAGAUGAACUCACACUGACCGUGUGUCCGUAUAGGAUUGUCGGUACCUGCUGCGUCCAGCCAGCAGCAAGGAGCCUGUGCUGCGCUUGGACUUCCUGCGGGAAGGGGACCCCAGGGCUAAGUAGCAGUUCUCUUCUCCCUCCUGCAGGUAGGAAGUCUCUUCGCCCCAGGGUGGGGCAGGGAGCUUGGUUGGGAAUAGGUGGCAACAUGCUGGGGCAGCCUCCUGGGGAGCAGUGUGGUGGCUCUGGUGUCGCAUGCACGCUUGGCUUGCUAUUUCUUCUGGGAUGUCAGACCUGGAGCAUCUUCCUCAGAAGGUGCCAUGUCCCUUAGUGCAGGAAACACUGGUUUCACUUGGUAGAAGGUUACGGCAGUGCCCCCUAAGGGGGCCGAGUGGCUUACUAUUGGCACCCAACCUGCCCCCUUGGGAUGAUGGGGACCAUGUAGCUUGAUGUUAGUGGAACCCCACACUGAAUAUCUCCUUUUGCAAACAGAACCACCUGAAUUAAAAAGUCCAUUUCCUAAGCUGCAUCUAGCUGAGCACAGAGGCAGUGUGACCAGUGUAAAAAUGAGAAUUCCUGUAACAAAGUGAAACCUGAGCCUUGCUGGUGGAGGGUUUCUCCCCCAACCAGUGCCCUGGCCUUCAGGAGCUCUGCCCUGCCACCCUGUCCUGGCCCAGGUGCGCGCUCCAUGCGAUCUGCCUCGGGGAUGCCUUUACUGGAAGGAGCCUCUGGAGUCGGAGUGAAGUAUUGGGGCUCUCUCAGGGCCCUGCUGUCCCUUUCUAAAUCCUAGGAACUGUGAGUCCGGGAGGUGGACACCAGCUGCUCCCUUCCUGCCUCCACAGAGAACCAGAUGUCUUACUCUGUCUGACCUGCUCACUGGGAAGGUUUCUUGUGAAGUAUCUCAUAACAGAGCUGGUGGGGUGGCUCCUCAGUGGGGCUCCCAGAGGAUGACAUUUUAGCCCGCCAAGCUGGUAUUCGUUUUCUGUUAACUACUCUUUACCUCUGAUUACUCACACCAUUUUAUAACAACAGGGAAUCCAAAAUAAUUUCUGCCAGGCCCCUGACGGGAUGAAAGCUAAGGCUGCUUUGGGGGAGAGCUUAACACCCUUCAAACGACACUCGAGCCUGAGCGACCAGAUUCCUCUUCAGGCCCCACGUUCCCUCUGGAAACUGACCUUAGGCCGCGGAAGGAGAAAUACUGGCUCCUUGCCCGUCUGGGGCAGCAGGAAAGUUACCUUGACUUGGAAGGCCUGUGUCGUCCAUCUCUGCAAAGCCAGGGUGGGUCAGGCAGAGAAAGGCCAUCACAUGGUUGAGAUCUCGCUGUCAGUGGCUGCUCCUUAGUACUUGCAGCUGGCUUGUCCUCUCCCAUGGCUGCCGUCUUUUUAGGCAUGGUAGGGAGUGGGUUAGGUGGACCAGACACAGGCCCCCGAGAUGUGAAUCCUGGUGGGGCCCUGUUGCACCUGAGGGCCUUGUCCUCUGUGGGUGGGACAGGACCCCACCUGCUCCUGAGCAGCCACUGGUACCACCAGGCCACACUGGAACUGGGUUUCUAGCAUCCAGAUGUUCCCAAAACACUGUCUUUGUAAAUGGGGGGGCUUUUUUCCUAUGAUCUUAGAGGUUCCCUCUCUUCGUUGCUCGUUCCGUAUUCAUCAGGCAAGUCCAAAAUCACAUACUUAAACUCUGGGGAAAACACAAUUUUAAGAUUUGUACACAGAUAUUGGGGUGCUAAUCAACUGGCUUAAACUUUGGUUCUUAAAUAAUUUGAAUUUGAAAAGGCACCACAUUUAACUCUUUUCUUUCUUCCUUCCUCACCUCACGCCCUGCAGAGUUCAGAGCCCAAGGAACAUGGUUGGCUUCCCCAAGUGCAAGGGGGUAGGGCAUCUUACCAUCUUCUAAUAUUAUUUCAAGGAACUUUGUGCAAACUUUGAAUGGAGACCUUCACACUAAUAUGGAACAUUAACUGUGAAUACAUUUACCUGUGCUGUCCUCAGUACCAUACAACUAAAGGACCAUCUUUUCCAAGUCUAGGAAAAUAGUAGUAGAUACAAAUAGAAAUGCAUUUUCCCUAAGAAAUGGAGCAAUAGGAAUUUGAGCUAAGCUGGGACCGUGUACUUCUGCCCUCAAAUUUUCUCUUUAAGUUGAGGAGCAGACCCAAGUAGGCCUGCCCUGGGUGAUUAAGCCUGUGUUCUUGCUGGUAAAAACACAACCAACUCUCUGUCGUCAUACGAAGGCCAGCCAGGGAUUUGUGGCCAUCCUUGCCUUGCCUGGGCCCAGGAAGGUUAGGUCUCCUGGGUGACCGAGUUUAACCCACUGUUCUCCAGGGGUAACCCCUGGCAGGUGACUCCUCUGGGUUGGCAUAGGAAGGUGCUCACCUUGUUUCCUGGGGCUCCAAGCAAGAGCAGGCCAGGGAGGGCUGGCUUUGUACAUUGCAUUGCAUGACCCAAGAAUCCCCACUGGUGUGGGUAGCAGGAACAACUCCCCUCUCAGCUUUUGAUCCCACAGAUGGCCUUUUCUUGCCAAGGGUUGAGGAGAAACACAAAGCUGAGCUGGCAGGUUAGGGUCUGGGAGGCUCCCAAGGUGCCUAGUGCUCACUUUAUUACUGAGGAAACAGGCUUUUGUUCUGGGCCAGGUUUAGUUUCAUUCUGGGCUCUGGGCUAGGGGUGCUUUUGUCCAGCAAAGCAUCUGGGUGAGUUGGAGGUUAGCCCAGAAUUGGAAGGGAUUUAGAGAGUUGACUAUGAAAGUGAUUUGGGAAUUCAGAAACUUUUCUGAUUAUACAUUUAUCAAUGAACCUACUCAGUGGAUUUUUACACCUCAGGGCAACUUGCAAAUCUUUUUCAUAUUUGUAUUGGAGUGGACUGAGAAGAGACAAGAGUUCAGAGACUUCUAAGUCUGGGUUCUUUUGCCUCCAUUUGAGGGGUCAAUGGUGCACCAAGGCAGAGCUUGCUGACAAUACUGUCCCUCAAGGCUGUGACAAAUGGGCCUUCUUCCUCUAGCAUUUGCAAGCUUUCUGCCUGCAGUCAAUGCUUACUUGCUGGUUUUCCUUCUGCCCACCUUCUUUCCCAUCAGAAGAUUCAUAUUCCAGAUUCCCUGGCCAGCCCUAAGGACAGGAAGAGGAGAUGACAGUUCACAGCAACUGUGGAGUAGGGAGCAGCUUUCCUCCCACCAUCUUGGGCUGGAGCCCUUUGCUUCUUAGAUCUCUGCUUGACUCUCUUCUCUCUGUGUGCUAGAGCCACUGACAUCAUCUUAAAUACAGUCGUUUUCAACAUCUUUUGAUGGGAAAUACCAGGUUAUACUUAAAGCAACAUGGGAACAAAGGUUCUAGUGGCAAGAGACUAAAGUUCUAGGUGUUUAUAUGCAAAGGUUUUUACGUACACAGAUCCAACACAUACUGUAAGACAGACUUGAGUGAAUACACAGUGUUUUCAAGUUUUAAUACCCAUUGGGACCAUGAACAAAUUAGAAAAAUGACUUGGGAGUAUUAUCUUGCCUCUCUUGGAAGGGUCCCCUCUGGCAUGUGCCCAUGUCUGAUCUAUGAGGAUUCACCUAGGAAGUGAUUCUUUUGGAGCCAGAUUCCUCUUCAGAUUAACCCUGCAGAGAACUAUCAAGUGGGCCUUGUGGGGUUUGGGUGCCUGCCCUUUUCGUUGGAGGCUCAGGCUCCUUGACUAUAAACAGCUAGUGUUUCAGGCUCCCAGAGCAGAGGGAAGUGGGGAAGAAUGAGGUCUUGGGAGUCUCAUUCCCUAGAGAGCCCCAGCCUAGCUUCUGAUUCAUUACUCCCCAUAUCUGACGUCUACUGUGAAGGUGGAGUGUUAUCAAUCCAUUGACUUUUCUUGUUUCUGGAAUCCUUUAAAUCCAUAAAUGUAUAUGCUUUAUUUUAUAAUAUUUAUUAUGUACAUAUGCCUCUACUGUUAGUACAUCAUCUGUGACUAAAAUAAGAUGUUUUGAAGCCCUUCAUCCAUGGCUCUUAGGGUUCUGUUGUCCUUUAAGUUGGGUGAGAGGGGAGUGGUGUUUUUGGCUUUUUUUUUUUUUUUUUUUUUUGGUAAGCAGGUUAUGGCUCUCAUGUUGGCUCUAGCACCCCAGGCCCCUUUAAUUGGGUGCACCUCUCCUCCCGAUGACCAGUGUUUGGAAUGAGGAUGGAGGCAGGUCUCCUCCUUUUGUGUCAAGGCCUCUCAAGUACCUCCAUGAAAUAAUUCGGAGGUGGUUUCUUGGUCACUGGCUCUCUUCCCCUUUGUAGUAGUACAGUAUAGCCUCCUUCCUUACCUCCGCCCUCCCAAGCCAGGUCAGUUGCCUGGCACCAAAACAAUGAAGGCCUCUACUUCUUACCUUGGAUUGCAGAAUCCAUCUUUCUGGACCAUGGAAGCUGCCUGCCCACCUGGGCUCUUAAUAUGCCUUUUCUUGGUUUUGAGGGCCAGUGCCAACAUUGCCUUGGCCCUCAAAUAAGACCCUGCUUUGUGUCUGAAUUUUAUUCUCCUUAGCCUUGGCUCACUGUAUCAUAGUGUACAUUUCAUGCAUUUAAGCAGUGAAGUUUUCUGAACACAGUAUUCAGAGCUGUGUACAUAAACCUAAAUAAGCACAAAUGACAUGUAUAGGUUUCAUGAGCUGAUUGUCAUAAUGAAUGCAUUUUAUAAUUCAAAUGUUGUAGAUUUACAAUCUCCUAUUUAUUUUGUACCAAUUUAUUUGUAAAUUUUGUGAUUGUUUUAAAAAGGUUUUGUUUAUUUCUAUUCUAUUUAGAUAAAUGAUGAUUUUCUGUU